CCAAUGCAGCCACAGCAGGGAGAGGCCAUUAGUUUGCUCUGUAUGUGGGAAGAGAUUCACUCAGUUAUCCACCCUGUUGACACAUCAGCAAGUUCAUACUGGGAAGAGGCCCUUCACCUGCUCCAAAUGUGGGAUAGGAUUCACUCAGUCUUUCAACCUGCUGAGACACCAGCGAGUUCACACUGGGGAGAGACCGUUCACCUGCUCCAAGUGUGGAAAGGGAUUCAGUCAGUUAUCCACCCUGCAGACACACCAGCGAGUUCACACUGAGAAGAGACCUUUUAAAUGUCCAGACUGCAGGAAGUACUAUAAAAGCUUAAAGGAACUGAUGUUCCAUCAACGUGUUCACAGUGAGGAGAGACCUUUUAAAUGCCCAGACUGUGGGAAAUGCUAUAAAGGUUCCAGGGAACUGAUGUUUCAUCAACGUGUUCACACUGAUGACAGACCGUUCAGGUGCUCUCACUGCGGGACUGGGUUCAGGUGGCCAUCUCAGCUCACUGAACACCAGCGAAUUCACACUGGGGAGAGACCAUUCACCUGCACUGAGUGUGGGAAGGGAUUUACUCGGUCAUCCCACCUCAUGGCUCACCAGCCAGUUCACACUGACGAGAGACCUUUCAAAUGCCCAGACUGCGGGAAGUGCUGCAAAAGUUCCAGCAAUUUGAUGUGCCAUCAACGUGUUCACACUGAUGAGAGGCCGUUCAGGUGCUCUCACUGCGGGACUGGGUUCAAACGAUCAUCUCAACUCACUGUACAUGAGCGUAUUCACACUGGGGAGAGGCCAUUCACCUGCUCCAAGUGUGAGAAGAGAUUCACUCAGAAUUCCAACCUGCUGAGUCACCAGCGAGUUCACAAGUGACUGCAGGAGUUGGAUUUUUCUGCUAAUCAAAUCCAGGAUGCAGCCAUGUUCAUUGGUGUCUUUUUCUGUUGAUGUUAGCAAAUUCCAGCCCGAUUACAAGUGUUAUUAUUCUGGAUAAA